AUGGAUCUGGCCUACAACCAGCACGCAGACCGCGCCCGGCGCAAGAACCGCUCCUCCACCAACAUCAACCACUUGACACUCGCGCCGCUGACAGUCAAGCUGCCGCUCAACGAUCCCGACUCUCUCGCUGACCUGACCAGCGGCGGCGGGCUCCUCACCUCGUCCUACCUCGAGGGCAAGUCGGCGCCGACGACGCCGCGAUUCCUCGGGCACGCCGCCGCCACGCCGCGCUCGCGCUCCCAGCACCGCACCAGCACGCCCUACAGCGAGUCCCUCAUCAAGAGCCGGUCCUCGAUGAACCUCGGCCGCGCCGGCUCCGGCACAUCAACGCCGCGCCGGCGACGCCGCGCGGCCGACGACGAAGCCUCGACCCUCACAAGCCGCCACCGCAACGACAGCGACUGGAUGCUACGCACCGGCGCCCUCUUGAGCUCCGAGGCCCGCGAGUCCAAGGGCCAGGCAUGGCUCGUCUCGCGGCAGAGCUCCACGAGCCUCACUGCCCUGCGCGACGGCAGCGACGACAGCGAGGACGCCUUUGCGCAGGAGCGGGCUCGCGAGCGCCGCCGCGGCAGCACCGACGACGCGUCCUCGCCCGCCCUCAGUCGCCGCACCAGCCGCUUCGCCAGUCGCGCGCAGAGCAUGGAUCACAACGCCCUUCGUAGCAGCGCCGCCCUGACGCCGAUGGACCGGGGCAGCGCUGGUGACUCGUACUUUCCGGUCGACGAUGCCAUCUCCGGGCCCGAUUUCGUCAACCUCGACCAGAAACUGGAAGAGCUGGAGCGCGACAAUGAGCUGGAUGACGAGGCUGCCAUCCGCCGCCUCAUGCGUGAGGGUAAGGCGCUCAAGGGCUCCUGGAUCGCCAGCUUCAUCGGCUGGUCGCUAUUUGAGGAGGACGGCGAUGACGACAGCGACGAGGGCGAAGACGAGGAGGAGGAAGAGGGCAGGCGCGGCACGCAAACACCCAGACACAUUGAAGGCAUCACGAACUUGCCCGCGGUCAAGCUGUCUCCACCCAAGGAGAGCGAGAGUAGCUGGAAUGACGCCGCUUGGCUGUUGAGUCUUGCAUCCAAGGUUGUAUUUUAA